AUGCCUGGCAAGCGUCUAACGGCCCGCCCAGCGGAGGCCAAAGCCAUUCUGGACGGAGAAACACCCUGCGUGCUGCGAUGGGACCCGGAGAGAGAGCGCGGUCCCCCAGAAGAAGCUGAAGCCGAAAGUCGUAUUCAGGAAAUUGAGGCCGAAGGCCGAGUCCAAGAAUCAGGAUACGAGCGAGAGACGGAGGGACUGGAAAACAGCAACGCCGAUGCGAAGGAAAUCGAUCAAGAAAGAAGAGAGAACCCUGAGUCUAGCAGCACUGCUGCCCGGACAGCUUCAGACCGAGAGCCGGAAGAGCAACGCAGCAAGGACGAGGAGCAAGCUGUACGAGAGGAAACAGCCCGCCAUCUAGCCAGGAUCUUGCUGCCAGAACGUAGUGGCUGA